AUGGACAAGAAGAACAUGAUCAAAAAGAAAGGCUGGACCCACACCCGGCACGGCUUGCUCCAAGAGAUCAAUGGCUGGUUGACGAAUUAUUUGAUGGCAAGACACCUAAACCCCCCACGCUCGACCACAUGUGGAGGCCGACUGAGUCCACGGACGUUUCCAUUGAUCCUAAACCUUUCCAACAAAUUUGUGGGCCAAAAAGCGAACCACGGGCGCUUCAACGGCCCCCGAUCCUUCGACAACAUCCACUGGCGCCACCCAGUACCCACGAAGUUCCCUCAGCCCAUCAUCGGCCCUGGCGCUUGCAACUACAUCCAUUGCCCAAAAGUAGAGCCGACCGAAGAUUGGGUCGACGAAAAGUUGCGUAAGAAUAUCCCAGACAAUGAAAACGUUGACGUUGGAAUCAACCCUCUACCUGACCGUCAUCCAAAGGGCGGAAAUGCGCAUGGCAUUGAGGGGAUGCUUGAGAGUCUUGAAGCGAAGGAAAGAGCAGAGAAGCUUAGCCACAAGGACAACGACGAGCGUGACGGUUUUUGGAUGUGGGUGCAAGGCGGAACUCUCAAGAACAAAAACCAUGGACACAACGACCACGUCAAGACAUCUGGAGAUCACUUCCGCAUGAAGCUGCUUGACAUCAGCGCCGAGAUAAACACAUCCGGAGAAGAAAAACCGAAGCUCGACAUACUUGCCAAGCUUUUGGACGAAAUCAGCGCAGAGCAA